GGAGGACUUUUGAGUCUUGACGGUGCCAUUAAUUUCAAAGAAAAAACCAGCCGCCAGCAGGUGGAUCUGGUUAAUAAUUUUGGACCCUCUUUGUCGAAUCUACAUAAUAUUGAGAGGAUGAGGAGGAUCGUUUUGUCAGUCCAUGUCUUAGAUGCGGAGUGAUGGGGCUUACUGCGCAGUCUGUCUCUCGUUUCUUCUCUUUUCGGAAGAAGAAACAAAAAGAUUGGGCGUUUCCAGAAGAAUUAUGCCGUCGUUUUACACUUGCUGAGAUCAGUGCAGCAACUCAAUGUUUCGACCAAACCUUAUGUAUUGGUAAAAGUGCCUUCGGCACAGUAUACAAAGGGCGUAUUAAGGUCGAUGGGGAUGAGGACAGGAAAGACGUUGCAAUCCAGCGCAUUUCCGGAGGUUCAGAACGACGAAUGCGUGAGUUCAGGGCGGAGGUACAGCUACUGUGCCAGCUGCGCCACCCCAACCUCAUCUCUCUCAUCGGAUUCUGCCAAGAAAAUGGAGAGCGUAUCACUGUCUACGACUACAUGCCCAACGGGGUUAAGCAUGCUGUCAUCCAUCGAGACGUGAAAUGCUCCAACGUUCUAUUGGACCAAAACUUGGUGCCCAAGCUUUCUGACUUCGGGUUGUCCAAGAUGGGUCCUCCUGCCUUAUCAAAUGCAUUAAUCAAAUUAAACUCGCGGGUGUCUGGUACAUUCGGGUAUCUUGAUCCAGAGUAUGCAUUGUCCGGGCAACUUACCGAAAAAUCUGAUGUCUUUUCAUUUGGAAUGGUGUUAUUUGAAGUGUUGUGUGCCAAAUCUGGUUCAAGAGAGAUACCUGAAUGUGUGGAAAGGGGUGAGACUUUCCCUGCUAUGAUUGAUCCAUUUCUGGUGGGAAAAGUAGCUCCAGAUUGUUUGAGAAAAUUUAUGAACAUCGCCGAGAGAUGUGUGCGCCCUACAGGAGCUGAACGGCCCACGAUGGGUGAAGUGCAGGUGGAACUUGAGGGCGCACUGGAGUUGCAGGAGAGGGCUGACGCCGUCAAGCAGCUCAAUGAGUUGGGGACAACUGCAAGCAGUUCUCUUGCUUCUCCUCCUGCCCAUGACAUGGAGGACUAUUCCUACCAAGAUAUAUCAUUUUCUGAGAUCAACGAAAAUUUACCCCAUAUGUAUUUGCGGAAGUGGCCGUGGGAUUUAUUUACUGAUCCGGCAUGUUAUGCUGAUGGUAUUGCUAGAGUUGAUCCUAACAGGGAAGUAAUAACUUAGAAGAAAUAUUGUGAUAUGCAAUAAUAUUACUCUUGAAAGAAUUAAACUUUGGUUAUAUCUA